ACGCUGCAUACUCUCAAAACCAGACUAUGUUUUGGGAGACAAACAUGGCGCUGACCAUGUCGUAUCUUGGUAACUUGUGAAUCGUAGGAGCUGUUUAUCGUUCAGUGGUUGAGUGAGGCAUUCGUCGGUUCUUAUUUACAAGCCUGCUCACUAGAAAGGUCUGGUUCUCUUGCAAGACAUGGAGGCACCGGAAAAAAAGAGUCGCAACUUCGGGAAGGUAUCGCUGGGAGCGAGUGUGUCAUCGCUGAUCGAUUUGAAAGCGGAAUUGCUUCGAAAGCGAGAGGCGCUGAAGGCAGAGAAGUUGAAGCAACCUGCCCAGAAAGAGGUGUACGUAAAGCAAAAGCUAAGCUUUGCGAACCAGCCUCCCCAUGCUGAAAAAGGACCUCCGAAGACAACCCCAGUUCCCGAGCAGUUCCCAGAAGAAGACGCAGACCUGCAGAAAUCAAGAGCCGCAUUAGAGCGAAAGGCGAAGCUCUAUGACAAACUGAGCUCGGGCCAAGUCAUACCUGACGAUGAGGAGAACGAGCACUACAUGGUCAACUUCCAGCGGAAAGCAGUGGACACCAUCAUAGAGGAGAGGGAAAAUAAAGAACUUAGGGAUGCUCCGACUGUCCCCACUAGGGAGCAGGUCGCGAGGCAGAAGGAAGAGGACGAAGAUAGGAACCUCCCGAGGGCCGAGUACGAGAAGAUCGACGAGGGCCUCGCAGGCACAGAGGACGAGUGGAUUGAUUACACGGAUGCCUUGGGUCGAUCACGGAGGUGCAUGAGGAAGGACUUGCCUAUCCUGAUCAAGAAUGACAGGGAACUCACUGGGAAAACUGGCAUUGUGGAGACGGACAAGCCGGAGCGCACGGCACAGUUCCUGUCGCAUGAACGGAUGCGGGAAGAGCUGAGGCAGAAAUGGGAGGAGCAGGAAGCCGAGAACGCCUUCAAGGAAUCCAUUCAUUACGGAGACGUGCGCUUCCAAGAGGCACGAGAGCACGGCGUCGGCUUCUACGACCUCUCCGGAGAUGCGGCCGAACGUCAGAAACAACUGGACCUUCUCAAUAAGCUGAGAGAACAGACGGAGAAGCAGAAGGCCAUCUCCAACAGCAUGAAGGAGAAGAGGAAAGCGAUGCUGGAGGCCCGUCUUGCUAGGAUUCGCCAGAGGAAGAACAUCCAGACCGAAGGUGAAGAAAAGAAAGAGUCGAGCGACGAGGAAAGCGGCGACGAGGACAAGAAGAAAGAGGAAGAGGUGUCGGUGCUGCCCCAGGGGGCGGCCGAGGAGGCCAAGGACAGCCGCGUGUUCGAGGUGCCCGAGAUGCGGCCUUGGGACCAGGGUAAAAACCUGGCCCAGAUGGUGAACGAGCCACACUUCCGCAAGAAGAAGCUUACUCAAGAGGACUGGAUCGAGAUGCAGAGGCAGGAACGGGAGGGCGAGUUUGCACCUCCGUCCGCUUACUCGACGGGUGCAAAGCAGCCGAAAUAUUCCAACUUCACCCGAGGAGGGGAGGCGUUUGGGCACACCCCAGUCGGCUCCCAGCCCUACAGCGCAGGAACGUCCGAGCCCAGUUACACCCCGAAACUGUCUUUUGAGGACCUCAUAACGCAGAGACUGGCAGAAGUGCGGAAGCUGAGCGAGCAGCAACAGCAGUCUUUCGCGGGUCCGUUCUAGGUGGCCCAAGGACUAAAUCCAACGUUGAUGGACCAUGUUUUUUUUUGUUCACAUUGGUCACUGGGAUAAUGUAAAGCUUCACACCUUUGGGGUGCCCCCGCUGGUCUUUACACCAAACAAUUAAAGGACAAAGGAACAUUAAAUAUUUUGCAGCAACACUUCUCAAUCCAUGCCUUUGCACGUGCCUUGCAAGUGGUAGUGAAUACAGUGAAUAAUAGAAUCUUUAUUUAUAUGAACUUUUACCUGAUCAAAUUUCAAAGAACCUUACUUUGGGGGGCAAAAGCUCGCGCUGCAGAACCCACGGAUCCUGGGUUCGAUCUCCGCUCCUGCUUGUUCUGAUCUGGAUGAGCAUCGCACCGGCGCAUGGUUGUGCAUCAGUACAGGCUGAUGCACAUUAAUUAAAGACCCUUGGCCAGCAGGCGUAGAGCACUGGCUGAAUUUCUCACUUACAACAUGAACCAGUGUUGCGAUACAAUGGCAGACUGACCUCGCACUACGUAAAUACUGUCUAAUUCGCUUUGCUGUUUGUCUCUGCUACCAGUGCCUUGCCAUAAGCAUAGAUUUCACAUCCGUAUGUGGUACGAUAGACUAGAGCAUACAAGGCUUUUAUUAGCAGCUUCACAUAUCCAUAAUAGUAUGUUCACAGUUCUUAGCAUAUCUUGGCUUCACUGGCUAAUGUAGUGCAGGGGUCAACAGGCUUUCAAUAAACAGUAAACACGGGGAAACAAUUCUUAUUUUUAAACAAAUGUGUGACAAAAA